AUGAGCGCGCCUGGAGCGCAAGGCUGUGCGAAGCCGCCACCUCGCCGCCUUGCAAAGGGUGCAGAUACCAUGCGGCAUAUGCAUACAACCUGGACCACAGCCAGGCGGAGCACGCGAGCCCCGGCCCCCCCCCCGCCCCUCCUCCCGAGAAAAAAAGCCCUUCUCCCGGCGGCCUCCCCCGCGGCCACGCACCCGCUCCCCCCGGCGCAUCACCUUUCCCAGGCAGGCCCUCUCACGCGGCCGUGCCACAAGCACGACCAGCUCAGUCUAAAAGGAAAGGGCGUCCAGUGCGUCCCGCGCAAGCGCGUAAAAGGGCAGCCCGGAGCCCCGCCCACCGGCGCCGUGAGCGCGCGACCCGCUUUUCAAGGAGCGGCGAGUGGGCGGAGCUCGGCCCGAGGCCGCGUCCAACACACUGUCGCACAAACCCCUGAUAUCAAGCUGUUUGGGAAAUGGAGCACGUGUGAUGUGCAGAUCAGUGACAUCUCCUUGCAGGAUUACAUUGCAGUGAAGGAGAAAUAUGCCAAGUAUUUGCCACACAGUGCUGGGCGCUGUGCUGCCAAGCGCUUCCGCAAAGCCCAGUGUCCUAUCCUUGAGCGCUUCACUAACUUGAUGAUGAUGCAUGGAAGCAACAAUGGUAAGAAGCUCAUGACUGUGCGCAUCGUCAAGCAUGCCUUCGUGAUCAUCCAUCUGCUGAGAGAGAACCCCCUUCAAGUCCUGGUGAAUGCCAUCAUCAACAGUGGCCCUCGUGAAGACUCUACCCAUAUUGGUCGAGCUGGCACAGUGAGGAGACAAGCUGUUGAUGUGUCACCUUUGCGUCGUGUCAAUCAGGCUAUCUGGUUGCUCUGCACUGGGGCUCGUGAAGCUGCCUUCCAAAACAUAAAGACGAUAGAUGAGUGCCUCAAUGCAGCUAAGGGUUCCUGCAACUCUUAUGCCAUCAAGAAGAAGGACGAGUUGGAGCGUGUGGCCAAGUCCAACCAUUAAAGAGCUGCUGCUGCUGCUGGAUAUCCAAAGCCAAUAAAUUCUCAUUUUCACAC